AAGAUGCAGAUUUUCGUGAAAACCCUCACGGGCAAGACAAUCACCCUUGAGGUUGAGUCUAGUGACACCAUCGACAAUGUCAAGGCUAAGAUUCAAGACAAGGAAGGAAUUCCACCGGAUCAGCAGAGGCUGAUUUUUGCUGGGAAGCAGCUGGAAGAUGGCCGUACCCUCGCUGAUUACAACAUUCAGAAAGAGUCUACCCUGCAUCUGGUGUUGAGGCUUCGUGGAGGAAUUAUUGAACCGUCUUUGGUAGCUUUGGCUAGAAAGUUUAACCAAGAAAAAACGAUAUGCCGCAAGUGCUAUGCUCGCUUGCACCCUCGAGCUGUCAACUGCCGCAAGAAGAAGUGUGGGCAUAGCAAUCAGUUGAGGCCAAAGAAGAAGAUCAAGUAGAUGAUGCAUCUGAAGGUUUUCAGGGCCAUUGUUGGGUCUGCUUCACUGUUGUCUGUAUGUUUUGUGUUGUCUUAAAUUAUCGAUAUGGAUCUUGGUACUCUAAAAUGUAAUUGCAUCAAGUUUGAUGCUGUUUUAUUCCUGUUUUUGUUGAACUUUUUAGCAAACUUUUAACAUUAUAUGCACAUCGCGUUCAAAUGCGAUUACUAUUUACUACUACUAUUAAAUCUAAGAUGCUUGGAAUGCACGCUCAUUAGUGUGCCGGUUUGAACUUUGAAAUCCAAACUAUUAGUGAGCUCCCACAUUGUAAAUUUCACAUGUUAAAAUAAAUAAUUUUUUUUGAAAGGAGGGGGAUUUAUGUACUGCCUUCCAGGCUUCCACCACCCCAAAAUAAGCUCCCAAUUCAAAAGAGGGGAUGUAACUCCUGAAAGUGGAGAACUAAAGAGGUUUUUGUGUUUGGCUAGAGGAAAAGGGAUGAAAGUUUAAUUGAAUGAAUUUCUUAAUUAUCAUUAUUCAUAAAAUCACUUUCAUGUUUUUUUUAACUUGAAAAUUUUACUUUUAUUUUUUGUUUUUACUUUUGUAAUUGAAAAUUUUACUUUUGUAAUUGAAAGUUUUAAAUUUUUGUUUUUACUUUUGUAAUUGAAAAUUUUAAAUUUUCAAAUUUUUUUUUUAAAAUAUUUGAACUUUUGAUCCUUUAAGCUUUUAACCUUUAAAACUUACUAUGUAUAAGUAUGUGUGACUCGGGCCGGUUUGGGCCCGGCACGGGCCUCUGGUUCAGGAAUGGGGGGCCCGGAACCGGUUCUGGGCCGGGCCUUGGGCCUUAGUUAUUUUUUUGUUUCUCUUUUCCUAGUUAACCCCCAACCCUCCCCAUCACGCCCAAACCAUCCCAAAUUGUCCAAAAUACCUAGUCCAACCCAAAAAGUAAAAAAAAUUGAAAAAAAAAUUAAAAAGGCCUGGAACCGGGCCCGAACCUGCCGGGCCGGUUUGUGAUUUGGGGGGCUGAGCCUGGACCAGACCCCCAACGGGUCGGGCCUACCCGGACCGGUCAUUGACCGGGCCACCGGGCCGGAACAGUGCCGGGCCGAGCCGGUUCUGGGUUGGGUCACCCGGCCCGAGUCCACCUCCAUGUGGCUACGUAUAAGUAUACAAGUCUUUCAGUCUUUAAGUAUUUAGAUUGCUAAGUUUUCACGUUUAUAGAUUUUUAAGUUUUUAAACUUAUAAAUUUUAAAUUUUUUUAUAUUUUAUAAAGUUUUAAAAUUUAAAUUUUUUGUUUUUACAAAUUUUGGAUCUUUCUGUUUUUAUUCUUUCAGUUGAGUUUUUAGAAGAUGUUUCAAGUCUUCGGUUUUUUUUUCUGUUAACAAUACAUGUCCUCCGAAUUACCUUGAUUUGGAUUUUGGGGAAUUGGUGGUG